CAGGGAACAGCAUUUAGUUUCGUGACUACAACGCAACGAGAAGCACAUCUGCCGGAUUUAUAAACAGCGAAAAAUGGAGAAGAAUAUUCCCUUGGAACAAGCACCGCCGAGCUAUAAUUCAACCCAGCAGCAGAAUUCAAAUCUAAAUCAGGCACAGCCCUUGAUUGUGGCACAGCCCCAGUUUGUGCAAGUACUUCCUAAUGUGCUGGGGAUGGUUCCAUCAAUGGCCACAUGUCCGAGCUGCGGAGUCCGUAGAAAAACGAAAGUCGAAUUUGAACCAAGUACCAAGACCCAUUUAUUAGCCAUGCUUAUCUGCUUGGUGGGGGGCAUUUGCUGUUGUUGUAUCCCGUACUGCAGCCCCACCUGUCAGUCGGCCAAACACACUUGUGAAAGCUGUGGCGCCUAUGUGGGAACCUACAAGAACUAGGAAUCUCCUCGAAAACCAAAUAUCAUUAUAUAAAUUAUAUAAAUUAAUAAGCAUAUUUAAAACUAUACCCCAGAUUUGCAAUUUGAAUUCGAG